UUCCUAUUUGAAAUCAUAUAUUGAAUAAAACGUGCAAAAUGUUUCUAUUUUGAGUACAAUCAAAAGCAUCGAUCAUACUGUUAAGUUAAGUAUACUAAUUCAUUUCAUAUAUUUCUUUAAAAGAUAAGUUAACUUUGUUGUAGCCAAAAUCUUUCACCACGUGUGCUUGUGUAGGCUUGUUUAGCGUAACCUAUUUGACCGUAAAUUAAUCCUGGAAUUAAAAUAUUAUUGAAAUUUAUAGAUUAGCCUAUUGAAAAAUAAUAGUUUAUAGAUGAUAGAUUAUGAGUUAUUAUGUGAGUGAUAUAGAUCAGAUGAAAUCAACAAAUUAAUGUGAGUUAGUGUUUUUAUUGAUGUAUAGUGCGUUACUCAACCUUUUUGAAGUUUAUUCAUAUUUUCAAGUUCUCAACUUAUUAUUUAAGUGAAUUUUUUUAUUAUUUCUUGUAUUUGCAUUUUAAAUAAUUCAAAAUUUUGAAAUUUAAAUGAUCUGAUUUAAAAACAGUUUAGUACAGAAGAAACAUAACCUUGUUUGGACUUUGGAUCAAAAUAGUAUGUCUGGUUCUAUCCCCAUCAUUUUUAUGAUUGUGUAUUCUCAAUAAAUGAUAGGCCUAUAUAAUAUUUACUUGUAAAGUAUUCUAUUUGUGUGAGGAUGAAUAUAAAAUCAUUCAAACAUCAAAUCUCUAGUUUGUUUCAAUAAUAGAAAAAAGUUUUGGUCUAGUGUUAUGGUUGAUCCAUAACAACUUAAUUUCCAAAUCAAACUACAACCUAUAAUAAUUAUUAGACUUAGAACAAGUAAUCGAACCCCUAUCUAUAAGUUUAUCUGUUUAAUUAGCAUCGCUUUCAAUCACAAUCACAUUAGCCUUAUAGUGCUAUAAUAUUAUUAUCAAUACACAUAAUUUCAACCCGUAAUGUGUUUAAUGUUGUGUUAAUAAGUUAUCAAUAUUGGAUACUGGUAGCCUACUAGUAGGUACGGUAGUUUAAUGUCUUACAGCAUAAAAUACAUUUUUAAUAGUGUAAGCUCACAAUGCUUUUUCUAUGCUACCAGUUAAUCAAUAAGGAUCUGUUUGAUUUUUGUUCACAACAAUAGGUCUUAUGUGUUCUGAACAAUAGGUCAACAAAUAGUUUUGAUGGUUGUCACUGACAACAAUUCUAUCAAUAGGAAGGCUAUGAGGAUGUUCAACAAUCCACUGGCAGAGUACGUUUACCCUCACCCUUGUGAUCCUCAGAGACCACUAUUUUAUUGUAUAGAUUCUGUGCACAUCAUCAAGUGUGUACGGAAUAACUGGCUCAACCAGAAAAAUUGUGGUCAAGCUAUGCUUUACCCUGAUUUCGAUCAAACCAAUUGUAAUAAUGUACAUGAUGAUAAUAGUUGUAGCAACAGUAGUAUUAGUGAAAGUAGUGUUAUUCCUAGUCCCAAUGAUUCUUUUAAUGUUGCCUCACUUUCCACAAUUAGAAAAAUGUAUGAAGCUGAGUGUGGAAACAUGUUGAAAUUUGGUUAUACCUUGUCACAAAAAGCUCUUUGGCCAACAAGCCUGGAAAGGCAGAAUGUAAAACUGGCUCUUGAUAUUUUCAACUCCCAUAUUGCUAAGAGUCUCACUGAACUUUCAGAAAAACAUAAUUUGAUGAAUGCUGAAAGCACCAGUAAUUACAUAAGUAUUUUUAGGAAAUGGUUUGACAUUAUGAAUGUUAAAACACCAUGUAAAGGUUUUCAUCUUCGAAAUAACUUUCAGGAGCCUUUAACAUGUAGUGAAAGUGAUGAAAAACUAUUAUUUCUUCACAAAUUUGUAAAUUGGUUAGAUUUGUGGAAAAGUUCCUUAAGUGAGAGUGGGAAAUUAACUAGAGAGACACAUUCUGCUCUAUUAAUUACCACAAAUGCAAUGAUUGAUUUUACAGAAUAUUGUAUUAAAGAGCUAGGAAUGAGUUACAUACUACCAGGUAAAAUCCAAACAGACGAUUUAGAGUUUAGGUUUGGGCUGUAUAGAAGAUUAGCUGGUUCCCAAUACCAUAUUUCAAUCCGACAAAUUUAUGAAAUUGAAACCAAAAUAAGAAAUUUCUCGGUUAUGAAAUUGAGCCUGCAGUCGGGCUCGAAAGGCUCAUUUGUUAUAGACAGUUUUUUUGAUGAAGGAAGUGAGGAAUCCUUGCAUUCUUUAUCGUAUUAUGUUCCUGAUGAUUUUGUAAAUAUCCAAGUUGAUGAUAGUGAUAUAAGUAAUGUGGAUUCUGACAUGCCCUUGCUAACUUAUUUAGCAGGGUAUUGUGCUCACUCCUUAUUAAAGAGGAAAAAGUGUAAAAAUUGUGAAUGCAACUUAACGAUUGAAAAAGAAUUGAAUGAACAUCCAAAUUUCAGGCUCAUUCAUUCAAACGAUAGAGGAGGCCUCAGAUUCCCAUCUCUUGAUGUUGUAAAUACAAUUGUACAUAAUUUUAUAAUAGUUAAGAAAAUAAUUAGCUGUAAGGAGUUAGAGUCUAAGUUUUUGUUAGUCAGCAAUCAAUUGGAUUUGAUAAUUAAUGUAACAAUGAGUGUUUUGAACCAGAAGGAGAUGAGCAUAGACUAUUGCGAGAAGCAUAGGUCAGAAGAAAUUCAACUGACAUUGAUCAGGACUUGCUCUAAUACUUUGUUGAAAAAUUAUUGCAAAGAAAAAAAUUCAAAAAUUGUAAAAGUAUCCAACAAAAGAAAACUACAGACUCUAACAAAAUAAAAGUAGGCUGUAGCGUAAACUGUAGACCUAUACCGGUACUAUUUUGAGAAUAAAUUGAAUAAAAAUAAGAGAACCGUGUGCUUAUUUCCACCCUAAGAAUGUGUCUUUUAUUUUUUGAUAACUUGGUAAUUACUAUAAUAUUUAUUGUAAAUGCUUGUAAGUUUUUCCUCUCUAUGCCAAAGAUUAUGCUCAUGAUCAUGAUUAUACCUGAGGAGUCAAGAUUGAUGGAACAAAUUAUUAUACUUAGGUUGAAUAAGUAUAUUUUCUCGAUUCAAUAUGCAUGAGAAACCUGUAAUGAUUAAGGCUCUCCAUAGUACAUUAUAUGCUAUGUUUAAUGACAUAAUUAUGAUCUGCACAUCAAUACGGAUAACACUAUUAAUUGUAUGAAUCAAUCUCUGUUACUAUUUGUGACUUUCAGAAGCAUUUAUCAUCCUUUAAUUCAAUGAUGAGGCAUCUAUGAGUUUCUGAUUACAUUAAUUCAAUGUUUCGAAGUACCUACUGUAUUUUGAAUUGAACCAGCUAAAUACUAGUUCUAUUCAUAUUAUGUGGCUCAUAUUGUAACAUGAAAUGACAAAAAUAAAUUAUUUUACAAGAGUACAUACUUAUAGACAACAUUAUAGACUGAAAAAUCAAGACUGAUUGAAUUGCAAAGCUAAUCUUCCAUUUUCAAAUAGAAAAUAUCAAACCCUAGUGUAGUAGCCUACUACCACCGUAGGAGGUGGUGAGAAGCCCUACGUGUUAUGACGUCACCAGAAUGCACUAUGGCUUUGUUUACGGAGGUAGUGCCCAUACCCCAUAGCCAUAGGAAAUAGAAAAAAGUAUUUUGUUGGUGGUUAGUAUUGUCCAUUUAGAUAAAUUUUGAAUACAAUUGCCCUUCAGUGUUUAAAAUUACAAAUGAAAUAAUUAUAUUAUUUCAACAGUAAUGGAUUUAGAAGGAGAAGAGUGUGGAAGCCACAGUGGAUCCAGUCCAAUCCAGAUGCAGCCAGACUACUUGGAUGGUCAAGGUCAAGACAUCUCAAGGUCAAUGCCCCAUUUACAACAUCAAGGACCAGACAUGGACAACUGUAUUUGGCCAAUCCAUGAACCAGAUAAACAUCAAGACACCAUUGAAGAUAAGCAUCACAUCCAACUCAAUGUAGAUAAUCACAGUGUAUACUUGGACCACAAUUACUCCAAACAUCCCAUUGAAAUAAUUUGGAUCAAACCAGAGGAACUAAUUGAAGAAGAUGAAGAAGAAGAACAACAACAACAAUGUGGAGUAGAUAUUGGAGUGAGAAGUGGAGAAAUAAAGCAAGAGAGUGACACCUGUCUGCAGAUUGAAAGCAUCUAUUCUCUCUCCUCAGAUAGACUGAAUUCUGACCUCACUGUUGUUGAAAAAAUUAAAUUUGAAACUGAGGAAAUUAAGGAGGAACAACAAUCUUUUGAAAUAGACCAUUCAGAUGCAUUGAUGCAAAUUGAAGGUUUUUCUUCUGAUGGAGUAUCUGAGAAUUAUGAAAGUGAAAGUGUAUCAUCUGGACUGUGUAUACCAUACUAUGAGGAACAAGAAGGUUCAAGCUCUUAUAGGUCUGUUGAUGCAACUUCUGGAAACUUUAUGAUGAAAGAUUCUGAAAAAAAUUGCAAUGAGGUGGACUUACAUGCAAGGAAGAAUGUGAUUAAUAGUGAAUUAACAAAGUGUCAGUUGUGUGAUGAAGCAUUCAGCAGCACUAGAGAAUUGAAUCUUCAUUGUAGAAUACACACAGCUGGAAAACAUGCUUGCAAAUUCUGUAACUACAAAACAAAAUGGAAAUCACAACUCAUCACUCAUCUAAGGACACACACAGGAGAAAGACCCUUCAGCUGUGAUUUGUGUGACUACAAAGCAACACAGAAAUCAAAUCUUAUCAAACAUUUAAAGUCACACACAGGAGAAAGACCCUUCAGCUGCGAUUUGUGUGACUACAAAGCAACACGGAAAUCAUGUCUCAUCAUUCAUCUAAGGACACACACAGGAGAAACACCAUUCAGCUGUAAUUUGUGUGACUACAAAACAACACAUAAAUCAACUCUUAUCAGACAUUUAAUGUCACACACAGGAAAAAGACCCUUCAGCUGUGAUUUUUGUGACUACAAAGCAAUACAAAAAUCAAGUCUCAUCACUCAUCUAAUGACACACACAGGAGAAAGACCCUCCAGCUGUAAUUUUUGUGACUACAAAACAACAUGUAAAUCAACUCUUAUCAGACAUUUGAAGUCACACACAGGAGAAAGACCCUUCAGCUGUAAUUUGUGUGACCACAAAACAACACGUAAAUCAACUCUUAUCAGACAUUUAAAGUCUCACACAGGAGAAAGACCUUUCAGCUGUGAUUUUUGUGACUACAAAGCAACACGGAAAUCAAAUCUCAUCACUCAUUUAAGGACACACACAAAGGAGAAAGACCCUUCAGUUGUAAUUAGUGUGACUACAAAACAACAUGGAAAUCAAGUCUCAUCACUUAUCCAAGGACACACAAAGGAGAAAGACCCUUCAGCUGUAAUUUGUGUGACUACAAAACAACACGGAAAUCAGAUCUCAUCAAACAUCUAAGGACACACACAGGAGAAAACCCCUUCAGCUGUAAUUUGUGUGACUACAAAACAGCAUGGAAAUCAAGUCUCAUCACUUAUCCAAGGACACACAAAGGAGAAAGAACUGUGAUUUCUGUGACUACAAAGCUACACAGAAAUCACAUCUCAUCAAACAUUAAUUUAAAGUCACACACUUAAGAAAAAUGCCCUCUGCUGUAAUUUCUGUGAACACAAAUCAAUAUGCCUGAUUUUUUUGUUCCAAAAUUCUUCUAAAAUUAUGUCAGACAUCUUGUGAAAGUUAUAAGUAAUUUGAAAUUCUAAUGGGCAUUUAAAUCGAUUUUGAAUAAUUAAAUUGAUGAAGAGGGUAGGGCCAGGGAAUCAUCAAUGACACUUCUUGAUAGCCUGCUGUAUUUAAUCUAUAUACAAUAGCACAUCCAGAAAGUAAGUUCCGUUUCAAUUUAUAUCCGCUACAGCACUGCGAUCACAGUUCCGCACAUGUGCGGGAGACGCUCUGUAUCAAGGAGAAGAACGUGCGCUAUUUGGAGAUUGCUGUCAGCCACAUACGUUUAGUUGUGCUUGUUUACAAUGUCAGUGUUGAUUCAAAAUCCCGCCGCUUGUGAAAUUAGGUCUGUGAUUCGUUUUCUGAAUGCAAGGAAAGUGAACCCAAGUGAAAUUUAUCGGCAAAUUUGCUAUGUUUAUGGACAAAGUGCGAUGAGUGAUUCAAUGGUGAGAAGAUGGGUCCGUCGGUUCAAUGACAGACGUAGUGAUGUGCUUGAUGAAGAACGAAGUGGGCGUCCAUCUUUGGUUACAGAAGAACUGGUUCACGCAAUUGAUGACAAUAUCCAUGAAAACCAAAGGUUUACAAUUAGAGCUCUUGCUAUGGAAUUUCCCUAAAUUUACAAUCACAAAUGCAUGAAAUUGUUACCAGAAAACUGAAAUUUCGACAAGCUGAAAGAAACUGUUUCCAACUGGUUGAAGACACAGGCGGCAAAUUUCUAUGAAGAAGGCAUACAAAAACUUGUGCCACGCUAUGACAAAUGUCUGCAAAAUUUCGGUAGCUAUGUAGAAAAGUAGUUUAAGAUUUGUAGAAUUUUGUGCAAUAAAUAACUUUUCAGUAUCUGUACACAAUUUAAUUUUAUUACCAAACGGAACUUACUUUCUGGACCUACCACAUAUAUAUAACUCUGUUGUAGUUGAGACACUGUGUUACAUGUAAAUAUUUGAAAAAAACACUUACUUUUCUUGGAGUAUUGAGGAAUGCAUUUCACUCCUGAAGAGGAGCUACAUCACCCUCUGAUUUUUCAAAUAUUUACUAGUAACACAGUGUCUGAACUACUACAGAGUUAUUAUAUAGUGUUUCCUCAUGGAAAGAAACAUCAAUAAAUCUAUAUGUUUUGAUAUUUGAGUUUGUAGAAAACAUCUACUGACACCAUUCCCUACAAACUCACACAUAUUCUUCUUUGAAAUCAAUAUGGGCAAUUUUUAUGUUAAAAGCCUAGUUGAAAUAAAAAGUGGACAUGUCUCAAUCUGAGAAUUUUGAAUGAUUUCUUCUUAAGGCCCACCGCAAAGUAUACCCAUGCUACUUAUCCACAAAAAGCAACCCAUGCUGUGGGAUGUUUUGUAAACCAUUGCUAGGCUUCUCCAGACAUCUGUUUAAUAUAUGCAAUGAAUAAUCCACUUGUCAGCUGAUUGAUUAUGAAUAAUUCUAUAGCAAUGGUUUACAAAACAUCCCAUGGCAUGGGUCGCUUUUCAUGAAUUAGCAUGGGUCUACUUUGCAGCUGGUCUUAGUGACUAUCUUCUUAAGAAAUAUAGAUCUGAGAACUUUCAUUGAUAUACUUCCUACAACAAGAUACUACCUUCUAAAGAUAUUAUUGAUUCAUCCAUAUUUGUAGAUAUUAUUUCUUUGUUUUCACCAGAUUACUUGUUUUGCUGCUAGAUGAUUACUGAACAGAGUUAGGUGUACUCUAAUCUGUGAGCAUUGGUUAUAUGGCAACUAAUGAUGUUAUUUGGGAAUGUGUUAUUCAAUGGAAAAUAUGUUAUUUAAUUAAAUGCAGCUAGUCUCCAACUUGAUUUUUCCACAAAAACAUUGAACAAGUUGAAAAAAUGUGGGAACGUUUCUACUUAGAUAAAGAGUGUGUUUAUGUGUAAUAUUAGUAUAAAGUAAUGAGUGAUUUCUAAUCCUAUUACAUUAAGUAAGCAAUUUCUGUAUUUUUUAUCUGCUUAUUUAUAUUUAUUUAUAUCUGGCUAGAGUCUCAUCACUCAUCUAAUGACACACACAGGAGGAAGAAGCUGAUCACAGUUCAAUAGCACUGCCCAAUUUUCUUUCCAUGUGCCUGUCAUAGGCUACCUCUCUUCAUGUACCUGUCAUUGGCUACCAUGGUGGCUAGCUUCACUCUAUCCUCAGCUGCAUGAAACAACUCUGCAGUAUUCAUGGACAACUGUACCCUCUCAUCUUUCAGCCGCGAAACUCUUAUUCUGAUGAUCUCUCUUCUUCCUUGCAUUAUUCACUGUAUGAUAUCAUAACAGUGAUGGUUAGGUUAGGCAUUUAGGGCAUUCAUCAUUAUAAUAUGCACCAAUUACUGCAACUCUCUCGCUUAUACACUACUCAGCAGUUCUCAUUCUUGUAAGAAUUUUGGUAUUAGUGACAUGACCCAUCCCAACUCCCAAAAUCCUCUUAUACAGCCACAUCUCAUAUGCCUGCUUGCAGCUCCUGUCAGUGUCAAUGUUUCUACUCCAUAUAACAACACUGGUAAAACAUAGUGCAACAUUCUAACUUUAGUAUUCAACCCCAGAUCUCUACUUUGAGAUCUUUGAAGCCAUCUUGAAAAACACACUUCUGCUCCCUUCAAUUUGAUUUUUUUCACCAGUCUUCCUUUCUCUAUAAUUUUGAAUCUUUCAAUUAGUAGCCUAUAGUAUUUCCCAGUUAUCAGUUAUAAUAUUGUGAAAUUUUGGAUUUGUUUUUAAAAUUUUAUCUUAAUUCUAUGUUUCUAGUUUUUAUGUAUUUUGGACUCAAGAUUUAAUGAAACUUAUGAAGUGAUAAACAUAACUUUUUUGGACUAUUUCUAUCAAAAUUUGUGAAAGGUAACGUUUUGGGCUUUAAGCCUAUUGUUUGUUCUU